AUGCCAAAACGCAAAGCUCCCACGAAAAUCUCCGGCCUUGUUGGCUCAGAUGAUGAGGAUUUAAUGCAGCUUACUGAAAACGAGGCCGCCCCUUCCCAAGAACCACGCGACGAGCCGCCCACGAAGAAACGCAGAGGCCGCCCGCGUACGUCCGGUGAUAGCGCAACCGCAUCCAACCUCCCCGCAAAGAAACAAGAAGCUGCUCCAUCGUCGCAAGGAGAUGCUCCAGCAGCCAAGAAAGCGCCCGCUCGGCGAGGACGACCUCGCGGCAGCAGUCGCACUUCAGAAAACGCCGAGGCGCAUGCGCGGGCAGCGGUAACACAAGAGCCACUGGCAAACGAGGGUACAGAUGACCAGGAGAAGGAGCAACACUUAAGCGCAAGGGGUUCAAAGGCUACCCGGGCCACAAAGGCCAGCAAGCCCGCGGCGGCGACGACAGCGCGCGGACGAGGAAAAGGCCGGGCAGCUAGCACCGCCAAGCCAGUACAAACAGAUGGAGAAUUCGAAUAUACACCAACACGCGCUGCACCCAAAGAAAGGAUACCCGAGGUGGUCGAGAUGCAGCAGAAUGAUGGACCCACCGACGAAGUCGUAGACGAGUCGGUGCUUCCCGACGCCGAGCCAAUCGCCCCUUAUGUGCCGUCGUCUGUUGUCAAAAAUGCAAGGGCACGACUGGCCACACUGAAGAGCAGUCAGGAUCUAUCUCCUCGUAAACGCAAAUCAGGAGUGGACACUGAGCAAGGCGGAGAUCCAGAAUUGAGGCGUAGGAUUGGGGAUAUCACCAAGAAGCACGAUGCGCUGGAGUCCAAAUAUCGCAACCUGCGCGAGAUUGGGGUCGUAGAAGCCAACACGAACAUGGAGAAGCUGCGUAAGCAGUGUGAGACUAUCACCACGGCUUCCAAUGAUCUUGUCGUCUCGCUACGAUCAGAACUGGAGGCGCAGCGAACUUUGGGGCAACAGACCCGCGGUCUUCAGAAGCAGCUGAAGGAGCGGGACGCCGAAAUGGCCAAGCUCAAGGCCCAGGCAGAUGAGGCACGCUCUCAGCUCGCCUCCUCCCAGUCCGAGAUCAAGGCUCUUCAGACUAAACUUACCGCCGCACGCAAUACUGCUGCCAGCUUAGAGGCUACCAAAGUCCCAGGAAGUGCUAUGAAGGGCGGCGCGGCCAAUCGCGCAACUGCAGCUGCUAGUGCCGAGGCGGCACAGGUAGCUCAGCUUGCGCAGUUGAAGCAGGAGCUCUAUAGCGAUUUGACCGGUUUGAUCAUCCGCGAUGUCAAGAACCGGGAAACGGAUCAUCUCUAUGAUUGUAUCCAGACCGGAGCCAAUGGAUCACUCCAUUUCAAAUUGGCCAUUCCGAAGGCGUCUAACUUAGAACAUGAGCAAGCAGAAUGCCAGUAUCUACCACUGUUGGAUGCCAGCCGUGAUCGGGAUCUUGUGAAUAUCUUGCCGGAUUUCUUGGUGGUUGAUAUCACUUUCCAGCAAGAGCAGACCUCCAAGUUCUAUACACAACUGACUGCCGCUCUAAACAAACGACGCUCUAGCACAGUAUGA